GCGGAAGCAAAGUGUUUUGCCCUUGGAGAACACGCUUUUGGUCAGAAAUGGCAGAGGUGCAGCAGACUCGUUUGCAAAAUGCGGUGGAUUCUAUGGUAAAGAACCUGGAAAGGGAAAAUAUUAGAAAGAUGCAGGCGAAGAUGUUUCAGUGCAGUGCAAAGUGCUGCGAGAAUGAAGGGGCCUCUAUGCAGCAGGUUCACCAGUGCAUUGAACGGUGUCAUACGCCCUUGGCACAGGCGCAGAGUUUGGUCACCACAGAGCUGGAGAAGUUUCAGGACCGACUAGCACGAUGCACCAUGCACUGUAAUGACAAAGCUAAAGAUUCCUUUGACUCAGGAGCGAAAGAGUCACAGGUAAAAGCACAAUUGGAGUCAUGUGUAAUGAAAUGUGCUGACGAGCACAUGAAUCUUAUCCCAAGCAUGACUAAGAAGCUAAAAGAUGCACUUCAUGCUGCCGACAAAUAAUAUCAAGCAGGAUCUAUACACAGGGAGACGAUUUAGUGGUGCUCAAGGGAGAUGUCAUUUCCUGGGCUAUAGCAGGAUACACAUCAUAAGCUCUGCCAUCUCAAUGGACUGAUGAACCAAUGACCAUAUAGAGCUGUAUAAUUAUAAUCCUGUCUUCUCAAGUUAAUUAAACUUAACUUUCUACAUGUGGGAAGAAGCGUAUAGAUGCUAAAUUGUAAUUCAAAAGGCAGGAUUCUCUAAAUUCAGGUGCCUGAUCAUCACAUCCAGAGUUACUAUGGACUUAUUUUACAAUUAUUUGUAUUAGGCAGUUAAUUGAUAAGAUUCCUUUACUGUCAUAAGACCUAUUUUACAGAAAUUUGUUGUCGUGGGCCUUGCCAUACCUGAUGAAAGCUGCUGGAAAUGUAUUAAUUUCUAUGUGUUUUAGUAAUCGUGACAUUUUGUAAGAUUACUUAAACUAAUGUGACAAGUUAAACCAUACAUCAUACUCAAAAUACCAUGUUUUCUGGAAAAAAGCAUGUGGUGCUCUUAAAAGGACAAUAAAGUAAUUUUAUA